UGACAACCCCUUGAAUUUAUUUUGCGCUUUUCAAAAGUGAGGUUCUGUGUCAUCAAAAUAUCAAGUUUAAUUAAAUUAAAGCAUUCUAAAAUGGGUGUUGGAUGUGUAAUCUGUACUGAGGAAUUCUCUGCUUGGCAGCAUAGCGAUAAAAUGUCUGUUGUCAUAAAAAGUUGUGGACAUGUCUUUCAUGAUUCCUGCAUCAAGUUGUGGCUAAAGAAUUCAAGAACAUGUCCAGUAUGUAGACAAACUACUUAUGAUAGCCCCAGUUAUAUUGGACGAGUGCAUUUGCAACGUCUUUCAUUGGAUAAUACAGCAGUAAAUAACUUGCUGGAUGAGUCUGUUGAGCAAAAGAAAAAAUUGGAAGAAUUAGAGCAGAAAUUGAAAGAAAAGGAUGCAAAAUUAAAGACUAAGGAUGCAGAAUUGAAGAAAAAAGAAAAUGAAAAUAAGGAACUUAAUGGAAAGUUACAUGGAAUCUGUGAAUAUCUUAAUAAAAUUAGUGAUGGUGUUAAAAGCAUCAAGUGUAUUCUUCAUAACCCCCCUGUUGUGGAAAUUAAGGAUGAUGAUCAUCCAAUAACUAGCAGUCGUGCAGUAAUAAAUCCACGUCCAUCCAUUAUACGUUCUAAUCGGGCUCCAAUUCCGUCUAGCACAGCAGUCUCUUCUAGAUUAAAUUCAAGCAACAGAGUCGUUCCUGCAAUUGGCCGAGUUGUUUCUUCAAGAGGUGUAACUAUAUCAAAGCGAAACUAAGGAUUUGCAUCUAUCGUGUAGAUAAAUCGUCAAUUUGUGCCAUUUUAAUGUUUUAACAAUGUAUUGGAUACUGUCAUCCUUAAGAUGGCAGUUGUUCAUAUAUACCCAAUAGUUUUAAUGCUUAUAAAAUAAGUCGAAAAAUUUGUGGAAUUUGUAAAAUUUUUGCUAAUAAACUCAAUACAUCAUCAAUUGAAAGAAAAAGGA